AUGUGGCCUAAAGGACCGUUUAGUCGAUCGCGACGGCCGGCUGACAACAACCCCACACCGGAUGAUAUGACGAACAUCUCGGCUUCUGCGGAUCCCUCGCUGGUUACAAAGGACCUGCCCGCCUUGCCAAGCGCAUCAAGCUCCUCGUUGCCCCAACAGUCCGCAGCCCAGCCACUGGUGCGGGGUGCUAUCGACGACAAGAGAGACUCCACCGUCUCCCCAGAAUUAUCGCCAGAAUUUGGACCUACAGGCAGACGUGAUAGUGGAAGUAGCUUCUGCGUCUCGCCGAUCAAUGAGACUGAUCAACCUAUUCAACAUAACCGCGACAACUCUCGGACCUCUGUCAAUGCGCCGCUCCCCCAGCUCGAUGUUUCCCCCUUAGCUCCGAAACCCGCACAUCCUAUGCCAAAGGCUGUGCAAUUCGCCACACACGAAGAUCAAAGCCAACCUAUGCGCUGGGAUGAUUACUCAGGAGAACCGACUGACAACAAUAAUGGCAAAACAAGCCAGGUGAACCCGCGUAGCACUACCUUUCACAAGCCCUCCGGAUCACACGCAUCCAAUUUCCUCCAUGGGGUUCGAGAGCAACUCCAAACCAAGAAGAAGCUCGCACAGGCUCGAACCCGGAUCAGCAGUUUUUCGAAAAACGAGCCUACUACGCAGAAGGAAACUCGAGGUAGAUCAUCGUCACGUGUGCUCCCAUUAUCAGAGCAUUCCGGCAAUCACUCUGGCACGAGAGACGCGAGUCCCCGGUUCAACAAUACGCUUGGAUUCCUUCCGACGACUGUAACGACGAUCACUGCUGGUGAUCCCCCCAAAACGUUGCCAGAGAGACCGGCUACGGAGUAUGCUCCCUCGAGCAAUCCCCGAGUAUACCCAGAACGACCCAAACAGCUAGAGCAACGGAAUCGAGAUGAGAUUAGUUUUGUCGACACCAUACCCGAAAAAAUGAUGAGGCCAACCAGCGGGGGCGCCAGGAUCCAGUCCACCAUGAAGACCUACAGUCCCAACGACAGUCCGGGUGAGAGCCCGCGUGAAAGCCUUCAGCUCGACUCAAAGUCUACGGAUGACCUCCCUUCAAUUAUGUCUCGUCGACGACCAGUUCCUAUCAAUAUGCCAGGCAUGCCAGGUAUGCCGGUCUCUAAGAAGCCAGUACGAAAACCCACGCCCUCGGAGGUAACCCGGGAGCCGACGUUGACCGUUCAGAAUCCCAUCGAGGAUCAGCCGAAGGAUGCAGUAGGCCGGAUCGAGUCUCUCGAGGCAAAACGAGAUGAACUCGCGAAGCGCAGGCACAACCUGGAAACGGUCAUCCAUGAAUUGACUCGGGUGAUCCAGCCCGGUUCUUUCGUAUAUGACGUGGCCGCGAAGGCAGAAGUGAAGAAGAGUGUGCAGAGCAUCGAAAAUGAGAUUGCGGAGAUUAAGCGUGAGGAGCACGAACUUGGCUUAAAGGUCGCGCGAGCUUGGAGACGGCUGGACGAGAAGGAGAAUAAUGGCGAUGGCAGUAAUCUCUGGAUCAAGCGCGUCACGAGUUGA